GUUUCAGGGACGUCUCGCACAACUUCAAGAGAAACUCCGCGCUUCGGGGUUCGGUCGCGUUUCUUGUCGGGUUUUUUUUUAUGGUGCGGUUAUAAAGAGAUCCUGUCGUUCAUUUGAAGGGCAUCGUUUCACGUGAACUUGUUUAAAAUAAAACAGACAAGGCGCCCUCUCAGAAUGAUGACCGCCAGAGAACGAUGGCGAGUGUACAAGCGCAUCAGCUUCAUGUUCUUCCUGGCUGUAGUCACGCUUACGGUGGUCCAGAGAGGAAACAUCACGUCCAUGCAAGACUUCCAGAGCGACAGGAUCGAGAGGCAGGCGCGGAUGGAGCUCAUGGCGGACGGCGACAAAAAAGACUCGAUCAAAUUCAGCUUCUGGAAGAGCGUACAAAGAGUGGAGUCCACAACGGAAGCGGCGAGGUUAACCCAAAAGCAAGGCCCCACGACGUGGGACGUCACCAGCUCCAACUGCAGCAUCAACCUCAACUUCUCUUCCACCGAGUGGUUCACGGGCCUGGAAGCCAACUUCAAGCAAUUCCUGCUCUACCGGCACUGCAGAUACUUCCCCAUCCUCACGAAUCACCCGGAGAAGUGCGCGGGGGAUGUAGACUUGCUGAUGGUCAUCAAGUCGGUGAUAACCCAGUACGAUCGAAGGGAGGUCAUACGGCAAACAUGGGGCAAAGAGCAAGUGAUCAACGGCAAACGAAUCAAGACACUUUUCCUUCUGGGAACGUCUUCCAACGAGGAAGAGAGGGCGAAUCACCAGAAGCUUCUGGAAUACGAGGAUUACAUUUACGGAGACAUCCUGCAAUGGGACUUCAUGGAUAGCUUCUUCAACCUGACCCUCAAGGAGAUCCACUUCCUCAAAUGGUUCUCCACCUACUGCGGAAACACCCGCUACAUCUUCAAAGGCGACGACGACGUGUUCGUCAGCGUUCCCAACAUCUUGGAGUAUCUGGAAGUCAGCAAAGACUUGAAGGACCUCUUCGUCGGCGACGUUCUCUUCAAAGCCAAGCCUAUUCGCAAGAAGCAGAACAAGUAUUACAUCCCACAAGCCUUGUAUAAUAAGACUCUCUACCCGCCGUACGCCGGCGGAGGCGGAUUCCUGAUGGACGGACCCCUGGCUCGGAAACUCUACGGCGCUUGCGAAACUCUGGAACUUUAUCCCAUCGACGACGUGUUUCUCGGAAUGUGUCUGGAGGUGCUUGGGGUGACUCCGAUAAAGCACAACGCUUUCAAAACCUUUGGGCUGGUGAAGAACAAAACCAGCCGACUCAACAGGGAGCCGUGUUUCUUUAAGAGCAUGCUAGUGGUGCAUAAACUGCUCCCGCCGGAUUUGAUAGAGAUGUGGAAACUGGUCAACAGCGACUUGAUCUGUUCGCAGAAAAUUGACUUCUUACAGUCCCAGACUUUCUGAAUCGGAAAGACGUCGGAAUUUGUUUAUAAACGAAAGAGACGGAACGAAGGAGGGAACUUUGAGAAUUUACUCAAAGACAAUAAGUUCUCCUUUUUUGAGGAGAUUUUUGGACAAUGUUUUAACUUAAUUUAUGUACCAAAUGGCAUUGCAAUUUGGGAUACGAGAACAAUGUGUAAAGUCAAUUCUUCAUUAGUUUUUGGAACCUCAAGGCUACAAAACAACAACAGAAAUCACCCCACAUGUUGUUGUAUGAUUUUACUUCUUCUGUGGAAGUAUUUUGAAAACUUUUCUUGUUGGUCCAUGCAGUGAAAGUUAAGGCUAUAUGGUUGAAGUCAAUAGGGUCCAAAACAAAGUCUUGUUUUGGACCCUAUUGACUUCAACCAUAUAGACAAAAAAUGUUUUUAUGUGUUUAUUUUUGAGCGAACUAUGACUUUACAAGACAAAAUACAGUGGUUCCAAACUGAAGGUAAUGUGUCUCUACCUCACCGUUUUUGUUUUAGUCUGCCCCUCUGUGGUCAGAUAUUACCUUAACAGGUCAUGAAAAAGUGCAUUCAUUAAACAAGGCCAUGUUAUUUCUGCUGCAAUGAUGUACAUUUCUGAAAUUACAGUAUAGAUUUGAAUGAUACUAGCUCAUUGCGAGGUUUCAUCUUCAUCAAUUUUUGAUUUGCCUAUAGACUUGAGAUGCAUUUGGUAGGGGGUUUACUUUAAAACUGUGAAACAGCACAUUGUCUGGUACAUGUAAAUGUUGAUUUAAUUUAUGAAAUGCCUCCUCGGAUCAGAGGAGGCGGAGUCUGGUGUAGGAUAUUUAAUUGUACUUGAAGGUUACGCAAAACACGGACAUCUGAUAAUCCACGGUCUGAUUGUGUAAAAAGAUAACAGAAAAUUAACAAACUAUUGUGAAAAUGGAUUAGUAUUUCUAAAUAAACAUUUCUUCAAAAACA